AUGGCGUUCUUCCUCCAGCAGAUGGUUGGGGACAAACUGAAGAACAUGACGGGGGGAAAUGAUGCUGGAGAUGAGAAGACCGGAGGCAAAGAGACGGCGGCGUCUAAAGGAAUGAACAGAGAAGAGUUUGAGGAGUAUCAGAAACAGCUUAUUGAGGAGAAGAUAGCGAGAGACAAGGAGUUUGCCACAAGAAAAGCAGAGAGGGCAAACCUGCGAGUGCAGCUACGUGACAAAUACAGACUACCAGAGAGUGCUCAAGACGAUGCCACGGUCCAGAUGGCCGGAGACGACCUGGAUCUGCCUGAGGAGCUGGCAAAGAUGGUGGAGGAAGAUGAGGAAGAGGAAGAGAUCAACGAUUCUUUUCUGAGCAAACUCCAAAACAUGGAGGUGGACUUUGACACAAUAAAGACCAAAGCUCAAAACACAAUGACGGAGGUGAAGCAGGCCGCAGAAGAGAAAUGUGUCACCAUGUGACUGUUUGAUAAACUGUAACCAAUUUUACUGUGCAUUACAAUUAUUGAUUAAAAUGACUGUAAAAUACAUAAACUGUAUACAUAUAUUUAUCUUUUAUCUAAAAGAGCUUACUGUUUGUAGCACACAGACAAAUAGGACGUGUAAACUGAUAAACAUGCUUUGUUGGUCUUAAAAACAAGCUUAACUUUAAGGUGCGGUUCACAUUUCGCUUCUAAAACGGUGCAGAAAAAUCAACGUGUAAACAACGUGUCAAGGACGUGCAAAAAAAGUGAAAUGUGAUCUGCCCCAAUGUUACAGGUUUGAUCAUGCAAAUGGAGAGCUGUGUGGAUAACGUAUUUUCAGGCUAUUUACGAGUUCGCAUUAACAAUAAUAAUGUAAUUAAUAGGGUAAUAAUAAGAUAAAGCAUUUUUGGCAUGCUGUCCAAUGGGAGGGCUCAGAGCUU